UUUUCAUUUGGACCAGCAAAAAAUAAGAUUUGUGAAAAUGGCAAAACUUAAAUGGAUGAUAUAUAUUUUGAUCGCAGUUGGUGAUUUAAUUUGUACGAACAUUUUAUGUAAUCAAUCAAAAAUCAAUAAUCAACCAAAAAAAUUAGAUCGUACUAUUUUUGGACGAAGGAUAUGUCAAUGUAAUCCUAUAAAACCAGUUAUUACACUGCCAGUACACAUUCCUAAUCAAUCAAACCAAUUAAAACCUUCUCGACCACCACUCAAUCAAAACAAACCAAUUUUACCAAAUUUAAAUACACAACGACCAAUUAAGCUCACCAAGAAACCGUCAGUUGUUAAUGUAAUCACAACAAAAUCACCAAACGCCAGCAAAUCGCCACAAAUCAAUCAAAACAAACCAAGUUUACCAAAUUCAACUCCACUGCCAUCAAUUAAUCAAACCACCAAGAAACCAUCAGUUGUUCAUUUAGAAGUAGUGUCGCCACCUGAGGAUGAUUAUGACGACUAACGAUGGUCAGUUGACACUUUUAUUCACGCA